AUUUUGUAGCUUCUGAGCAUAUUCUAUAAAGUACCUUUCUCCUAAUUCCCCAUGAAAGUUCUUUCCAGUUUCCUCUGAUAUCUCCGCCAAAACGGAGGACAUCCAUCCAUUUUAAUUCUUUUGUUGUUUUUUCUGGUCAGAACACCACCAUCCACACACAUACGCACCCCUUUGGAUUCCUAGUGAAUUUUUCUUCGAUUUUUGCCAAAUGGGUCUUUGGCAAAACUUGCUUUUGAUGAAAGCUUCAGUAAUAUUAUUUCUCAGGGUUAAUGCCUCAGCUUGUUCCAAUGGAGAGUGCAAGUUACUCGAUCCAUGCUCAUCCGAUGGAGAUUGCCAGGCGGGACUCUACUGUUUCUCUUGCCCCCAAGGAUUUUCAGGCAAUAGAUGUGUCAGAUCAACCACUACAAACCAAUUCAAGCUUCUGAAUAAUUCUCUGCCGUUCAAUAAAUAUGCGUUCUUGACAACCCAUAAUGCUUAUGCUAUCGAUGGAGAGCCAUCUCACACAGGAGUUCCUCGGAUUACCUUCACAAAUCAAGAAGAUACUGUCACUCAACAGCUAAAUAAUGGAGUUCGCGGCUUGAUGCUUGAUACGUAUGAUUUUCAAGGAGAAGUAUGGUUGUGCCAUUCUUCUGGAGGACAAUGCCAUGACUAUACUGCAUUUGAACCUGCUAUAGACACGCUGAAGGAGAUCGAAGCUUUCUUAUCAGCAAACCCAUCAGAAAUUGUCACAUUGAUAUUAGAAGACUAUGUUCAAGCUCCGAAUGGACUGACAAAGGUCUUCAUCGAUGCCGGGUUGACGAAAUAUUGGUUUCCGGUGGAAAUUAUGCCACAAAAUGGUCAAGAUUGGCCGCUAGUCAGUGACAUGGUUGCUAAAAACCAGAGGCUACUUGUAUUCACUUCAAUUAGGUCUAAGGAGGAAAGUGAAGGCAUUGCUUAUCAGUGGAACUACAUGGUUGAAAACCAAUAUGGAGAUGGUGGAAUGCGUGCAGGAAACUGUCCCAAUAGGAGAGAAUCACCACCACUUGAUGACAAAACCAAGUCUUUGGUAUUGGUCAAUUAUUUUUCAAGUCUUCCCUUUAAGAUGACCGCAUGUGGACAUAACUCGGCUGAUCUAAUUAACAUGCUCCAUACAUGUUUUGGUGCUGCCGGCAACCGGUGGGCUAACUUUGUUGCCGUUGAUUUUUACAAGAGAAGCGAGGGAGGUGGAACAUUUCAAGCUGUGGACACUCUCAAUGGGGAGCUGUUGUGUGGUUGUGAUGACGUCCGUGCAUGUGUGCCUGGAUCAACCUCACCAGCUUGCACUGCAUGAGAUGGGAAGCAAUUAUAAGACUGAUCAUCGAAUCCCAUCAACAAGUAGUUUAUGUGAAAGGAAUGCGUACGUUAUACAAUAAGGCCCAUCUGCUACCCCCAUUCAAUUAAUUUUUCAAGGAAAGAAUCAAUUAAAUGUCAAAUCUACCAACAAGCCAUUGAUCAGUGGAAGCAAACAAACUCUAGUUUGCAUGAUGUACAAAAUACAUGCAGAUAGGGCAGUAAUAGAAAAUCUCUUUGCAGGAAGAGAGAGAGAGAGAGAGAGAGAGAGAGCAAUUGCUCUCCACCAUCAAGAUCUGUUAAAAGAAAAGAACAUUCAUCUGUUGCUAUUUAUUUCCUUGGAAAUU